CUCUCUGCACACUUUACUCUUUUUUGGCUCACCCAGGGAAUAGGCAACCCAUCUCCCCAUACCUCAUCGAUUACGUCAGUUCCAAAAUAAAUACUCCUCUCUCUCUGCGUAAAUUGCUAGCAGCUCUCUCUCUCUGCACGCUUUACUCUUUUUCCUCCCUCUCCCUCUCCCUCUCCCUCUCUCUCAAACAAAACCAAACCAGCACACACACACACACACACUCUCUCUCUCUCUCUCUCUCUCUCUCUCUCUGUGUGCACGCUCUCUCUACUUUACUCUUCUUUUCCUCUCUCUCUCUCUCUCUGUACACGCUCUGUCUACUUUUUUUUGAUCCUCUGUCUACUUUACUCUUCUUUUCCUCUCUCUCUCUCUCUCUCUCUCUCUCUAGAAAAAGAAGCAAAAGAUGGGGAAAGCGCCGGAAGAAGAGCACCCGGUGAAGGCGUUCGGAUGGGCGGCCAGAGACAGCUCUGGAGUCCUCUCUCCUUUCAAGUUCUCCAGAAGGGUGACAGGAGAUGAGGAUGUGAGGUUCAAGAUUUUGUAUUGUGGGGUUUGCCACUCUGAUCUUCACUGUGUGAAGAAUGAAUGGGGAAAUUCCACUUACCCCCUUCUCCCUGGGCAUGAGCUUGUGGGAGUGGUGACAGAAGUUGGCAGCAAGGUACAAAAAUACAAAGUUGGAGACAGAGUCGGGGUGGGUUGCAUGGUUGGAGCCUGUCACACAUGUGAAAACUGCGAGAACAACCUCGAAAACUACUGUCCCAAAAUGAUACUAACUUACAAUGGCAUGGAUUAUGAUGGAACCAAGACAUACGGAGGUUAUUCUGAUCACAUGGUCGCUAAUGAGCGCUAUAUCGUUCGGAUUCCUGACAAUCUGCCUCUUGAUGCUGCUGCUCCCCUCCUCUGUGCUGGGAUCACGACUUACAGCCCACUGAGAUAUUUUGGGCUUGAUAAGCCUGGUACGAAAGUGGGUGUGGUUGGCCUAGGUGGGUUGGGCCAUGUGGCUGUUAAAUUUGCCAAGGCUUUCGGGGCUGUAGUGACCGUUAUCAGUACCUCCCUGAGCAAGAAGCAGGAAGCUAUUGAAGUACUUGGUGCCGAUUCGUUCUUGGUCAGCAGUAAUCCAGAUGAAAUGCAGGCUGCUAUGGGCACUUUGGAUGGAAUCAUUGACACAGUAUCUGCAGUUCAUGCGUUGGUACCAUUGUUGUUUCUAUUGAAGUCUCAUGGAAAGAUCAUCAUGCUUGGUGCUCCAGAUAAGCCCCUCGAGUUACCAGUCUUUCCUUUGAUUGUUGGGAGGAAGACGAUCGCUGGAAGUGGCAUUGGUGGUAUGAAGGAGACGCAAGAGAUGAUCGAUUUUGCAGGAAAGCAUAACAUAGUUCCCCAAAUUGAGGUCAUUCCAAUGGACUACGUGAACACAGCUAUGGAACGUCUCGCGAAAGCUGAUGUUAAAUACCGAUUUGUCCUAGACGUUGGAAACACACUUAAAGCUCCUUAGUCUAAGUCCUUGGUUAUGCUGCCAAAAUUACGUUUCGUUGUUGGUGUGACAUGGUCUUUUUGUGUUGUUUUGGCUUCUGUUGGUGUUGAAACAUUUAUAUCCUUGUUGGUGAACUAUUUCGGAUGAAUGAACUAGUCGGGGAUUCAACGGUUGUGCUUUGUACAUAUUUUCCUAUGGAUUUGAAGUGUUUUUUACCCUAAA